AUGGCUGAGACGAUUUUUGGCAGCGGGACGGGCCAGUGGGUGUGCCCCAACGACCGGCAGCUGGCACUGCGUGCCAAGCUCCAGACGGGUUGGUCAGUGCACACGUUCCAGACUGAGAAGCAGAGGAAGAUGCAGGCUCUGAGCCCACAGGAGCUUGAAGUCAUUCUGGAAGUCAUCCGCAAGGCAGAGAAAUUGGACAUCAUCGAGCAGCAGCGCAUCGGGCGCCUGGUGGAGCGGCUGGAGAACAUGAGAAAGAACGUGAUGGGCAACGGCCUCUCCCAGUGUCUGCUCUGCGGUGAACUUCUUGGACUCCUGGGCAGCACAUCGGUCUUUUGUCAGGAUUGCAAAAAGAAAGUUUGCACCAAGUGUGGAAUAGAAACCUUUGGAGCCCAGAAACGUCCUCUUUGGUUGUGCAAGAUCUGCAGUGAACAGAGAGAGGUUUGGAAGAGGUCUGGUGCGUGGUUCUACAAAGGGCUGCCCAAGUACAUCAUGCCUUUGAAGAGCAGCGGCAAAUGUGGGGAGGUGCACUCGCAGCCUCGGCAAAGCGAGCCAGCUGUGCCGGACGCAGAGGGUGCUGGGAGCAGCUGCUCCUUCAGCCGAUCCUUCACCUGGACCAGGGGAAAAGUGGUUUCCAGCGACAGUGAGAGCGACUCGGAGUUCAGUUCCUCCAGCCUGGACGACAAGCCCUUGCCUGCGGGGUCAAAAAGCUCACAAGGCAGAAAGCACCGAGCAGGACUGGCACCUAUUGGGGAACCCAGCCAGACCAUGGGCAGGGUGCUGGGGAGCACCCAUUCCCAUGCCUUCUCGGGGAGCCACAGCAGCCUGGGCAGCGAGCAGGGGCGGGGGGCUGCCCUCAGUGCCACGGAGAGCUGCCAGAGCGACCAGCCGGCGGACGGGCGCGACAGUGAUGUUGGCGUCAGAGCACCUGGCAAACGGUGCGUCCACACCAGAACACGAUGCUGA